AUGCCUCAAUACACCAAGAAACCCCACCAUAAACACCCGCGUUUUCCUUUCCUGGAUCCCGAGAAGAAGGACGCCCGUCCUUACUCGGUGAAACCACGGGGGCCCCCCGCCAGCGCGUUUUUACGAGAGGCGGCGAGGCGGGCGGAGGAGGCGAAGGAGGCCGCGAAGGUGGACCCCUGGCAGAGCGACGGGGAAGAGGAGGAGGAGAGGGACGCCGCCGAGGAGGAGGAGGGCGACCCUCUCCGCGGCGAGAGGAUGCACGCGUGGGUGCUGGUGCGCGGGGGAAAGCGCGGGGCAACAGGCGUGUCCUACGUCGAACCCACCACGGGAGACAUCUACCCGACGUCCGCGGCGCCCUACCUCACCGUCGAGGGGCUUUUCAACGCCAAGAACUACUGGGUCAACAUGCAACAGCAACAGCAGCAGCAGCAGCAGCAGCAUCAGCAGCGACAGAAGGAGACCGAUGGAAAAGGCGGCGAGGGCGGCGAAGGCGGUCGGAGAGCAGCAGCCCCCCUCUCCUUCGACCUGAUGGACGGAGGGCUGUGGGAGUACGUCUUCAUCGAUCCCAUGCAGGAGAUGUUGGAGGCGGCCGAAGCGUUGGACGAGAAUGACGACCUAGGCCUCCUCACGGGGGCAGGGGGCGGCGACGACGACGACGCCAACUCCAACGACGGGCGCGAAGGCGGACCGGCGAGCGCGGGGUCCAAGAAGGAUAGCAUCUUAGACAUCCCACCGUCGUGGGUGCUGCAGCUGACCCUUGACCGGGACCUGCUGGCCCUGCGGUACCCGCCGAGGGGUCAGCGCACGAUCAUGUACCGAAGGACGAAGGCGGAGCUGUUCGCGGAGAACGUGCACCCGGAGGGCACCACCAUGAGGCUCACGCUCUACAAGGAUCGACGGUGCACAGUUGCGAAGGAAAUUCGCGAGGUUUUCGUUAACCGAGCGGACCGUCUGUACUCGCGGGUGCGCUUUCCGCUCGAAGGGAAGGUGUCCGAGCUGUUCCGUCCCGGGCGCGCGAACUCUUUACGAAACCUCGUAACCUGGAGCGGGCGGCGGAGGGAGCUCUACUUCUUCGUGGAGGCCAGACUGGACGGCUUGGUCUCGCGGGUGGAAGAUAUCGGCAAGAAGGUUAUCCAGACCAUGCAGGGGCGUACCGAUCGGCUGACGUACCGGUCUGUGAACGUCAUGUCGCCGGAGGAGGCCGCGGCGAAGGGCCUCCCAAGCGUCUACAUGCUUCCCGGUACUGAUGGAGCGGGGGAUUUGGUUGUGUACAAGAUGACGGAGAAGUUCGAGCGGAAGGGCGGGGUGGCCGCCGAGCGGGACGUGGCGAAGAGGUCCUACUACCUCGCGGAGGGCCGCAUCCGCACGCUGUACCACUACCCCGAAGGGGAUGUUACCCGCGUCAGAAAGAUGCACUUCAAGGACAAUCGAGCCAUCGUCGGAGCGGCCUACGCCUACGAGCUCAGCGGGGGCGGAAGCGGCGCCAAGAAAAUCGGAGGGGGGGACGCCUCAGCCGGCGGCGGGCGGGGGGGGGCGGGUGGUGCUGGUCCCGGGGCCCCCGGCGGCGGAGACGGGGGCGCCGGCGGGGGCGCGGCGGGGGCGGAGAUGGAGGAGACGUUGCAGGAUGCGAUCCUCGCGGAAAAGGACUGCUUCACGGAGGCUCGACACGUGCAUGUGGAGAUGGCGGAGCUGAUCAAGCUCCGGCAGCGGCAGGAAGAGCAGGUGGUCUUGGAGCGCCCGGUGUUCGAGACCGCUCGCGAGAGGAGAGCGGAGCAGGAAAAAAUUUCCGAACAGAUGGCGCAAGUGGAGGAAGACGUCGACCUGCACCAGGUGGACUACCUGACGCCCUUCCUCCAGCACGUGCCCGACAUCCGCAGCGUCUCCUCCGCCGACGCGCAGAGGGCCCGUGACGCCUGCCUCAAGGCCCUCAAGGACCGCCUCUUGGAACGCGCCAACAUCAUCAACUCCCGCCUCAACGAAGAGACGGCGGCGCUGGCGAAGAAGCAGGCGGCGUUCCAGCGAAACCAGCGCGACAACGACGCCAACGCAGAGGAAGAGUUCGAGAUAUUCUGCUCGGAGGCGAUGUUCAGAAUACAGGUGCUGGAGCAAAGGCUGGUCCAGCACGAGGAGAACGCUCUCAAGAAGUACGCCGACGUGGACGCAAAGCUGGCCUCGGACCCGCGGCUUAGAGCGCUGAAUCCGUAGAUGCAACACCAUUUGACGGCGACGGGAAUCAAACAAGCUUUUCCCUCACUUUCGAUGGCUCGUGAAAACUACAAUAUUCUCUUUUAGCGUGUUUGGUUGUUUCGAGUGCGUUCCAGCGAGAGAGCAACAAAACACAAUUCGUGUUUGUGUAAAUAGAGACCGCUGGAUGGUAACUCAUUGUGCAAUGUAGAGCGGCCACGACAAAUCAACGAACGAGGGCGACGUUGACGCCAAUGUGACCGC